AAUUGCUGUCUCCAACACCAGCAAUACUAACUCUGUACACUGGAGUAAAUGAAAUGGACUUUACCUUUCAUUGCAUCAGCUCUCCAGGGACGAGGAAAAACUCCCAGAUGUGUCCUGUUGUGCCUCCUUGUGACUUGUGCUAUCUGCAUGAGCAAGAUUUAUUCUAAUGCAGAACUAGGCCUUAAUGAGCACCACCAGAACGAAGCAAUCAACUACAUGCGCUUUGCUCGUUUUAAGCGUGGCCUGUGUCUCAAAACAGUGGAUUCUUGUUUUCAGGACCUUAAGGACAGCAGACUUGUUGAAGAGACCUUCACAGUUGAUGAGGUGACAGAGAUGCUGGAUGGACUGCGGACUGUUGUACAUAGUGAAGUGGAGUCAGAGCUCAUAAAUACAACUUACACGAAUGUUUUACUUCUGCGGCAGCUCUUUUCACAGGCUGAGAAAUGGUACCUUAAGCUACAGACAGACGUCUCUGAAUUGGAGAAUCGAGAAUUGUUGGAACAGGUUGCUGAGUUUGAGAAGUCAGAAUUUACAUCCUCGAACAAGAAGCCCAGUGCAGAUCUCAUUAAACCAAAACUGGCUCCGUUAAAUGAAGGUGGGUCAGAGCUGCUAAACAAGACAGUUGCUUGUCUCCAAGAAGAAAAUGAAAAAUUGAAGACCAGACUCAAGACCAUAGAAACACAGGCUACAGCUGCGCUAGAUGAGAAGUCCAAGCUAGAGAAGUCACUGAAGGAUUUACAGAUGAUCCAAGGAGAUCAAAAGACUAAUGAAAACCAGGACAUCACUGAACUGGAAAAUAAAGUGGCAGCUUUGAAAUGCCAGUUUGAGAAGACUUUGAAUGACUCUACUGCAAACCAAAAAUUCUUGGAAGAGAACUUGGCGACAACAAAACAUGACUUGCUGAAGGUUCAGAAUCAGCUGUCCACAGCUGAAAAGGAAUUGGAGAAGAAAUUUCAGCAAACAGCUGCCUAUCGCAACAUGAAGGAGAUUCUCACUAAGAAGAAUGAGCAGAUAAAAGAUCUACGUAAAAAGCUUUCCAAGUAUGAGCCAGAGGACUAAAAUACCAAAAACAUCUGAUCUAUCAGAAGCUGCCAUAGAAAGAUGAUCUAGACUGGUAUUAUUUUUCAAUAAUUUUUGUUUUGAAUGGUAUAUUUUUUGCUUCUAGUGCUUAAAAUAACUUCUUAUUAAUAGUAAUAACACGAUGAAACUUCUACCUUACUUCUUUGCAAACCUACAAUUUAUAGGUAUUAUAAACUAUAUAAUAUAAUAAUAUAAUAUAAAACCUAUUAUAAACUGUAGGUAUUAGUUUCUGUAGUCAUGUUUUUAAUUGUUAACCACUGACAUUCCUUGAGAAAUAGCAAACAGGAGCUUACUGAAGAGCUGAGAUCAUUCUCUACAAAGAAAGGAGUUUAUUUUUGUUAAGAAAAGAAAAAAAAAAAAAGAAAAAUAAUUAAGCAUUAGAGUUUUGUUAAUGUGGCCAUGAAGUGGCAUUAUAUGUGAAGAUUCCAUCAGUGGAAGUAAAAAAUAAGAGGAAAAAAAUGAAACACGUUGAUUCUGUAAUGUUAUUUCACACUGGACAUGUCAUACCUCAGCAAAAUGCGGUCAGUAACAUUUUGCUAGAAGGGUGUUCUUUCAACAGUGAGGUAAAAAUGCAUUAUAGCAGAAGUGCUGGACCUUUCAAAUACAGCCACUAAUUGAAGCUGCACUUUUUCAUUUGACUUUAUUUGAAACAAAUUUGAACAUCAGAAGAUAGAUUCUGAUUUUGCCAGUAUUCUUAACGUGAAGAUGAUGAUCUGAAAACACAUAGGGAAGUUGUUAGUGGAGCAACUUUCUUGGAAAGUAAGUUAUUUUAGAUGUUUUCAUCUCCUUUCUUGAUGUAACCUCACCAGAAAACAGCUUACUUCUCUCAGGUCUUUUACUUGUAUUCCUCUGCCUUGCAUUUAUCUGGCAGCCUCUUAAUAGUGCAUUCUACUUUUCAUCUGUCCCUGUUUGUAUGUAUGUUGUAUUUUACUCCCAAUAAAGCUAUUAUGUUUUCCAACA